UGAAAAAUGAAAGCUUAAAAUCAUUCAAAAUAAUGAAGUUUACAUUUUAGAUUUAAGACGUCAGUGUCUUUUUUUGUCACUGCUCAUGGCAUAAGUAUUGAACUUUGAAAUGGUAACGAUCCUAAUAUUAUGAAAUAAGACGUGUACAGUACAUCUACAAAAUAUUAGGCUGGGUUCCAGUCGCACUAUCUGACUCAAUUCCAACUUAUGAGUUGUCAAUUGGAGUAGGGUUAGAAAAAAUAGGCUCUGUUUUAUAAGGAUUUUGUCCGCUUUCAAUGGCACACUUUUGUUUUGCCUUAAUAAGGGUCUUUGUAAGGCUUAGUUUUAUACUUUGCGUAAAUAACAAAGGACGUGUAGUCUGCUGUCACUGUCAAAAUAUUCUGAAUUUCGUCUGCCUCAGUCCAUCCAUAAACACACUCUCCUUUUAAGCAAAUCCCUAACAAGGAAGCAAAAGACUGUAGACAAUGUGGAUAUCAAUUGAAUAGGAAUAUUUUUGAAUAUUUCAGAAUAGAAAGCUAAGGCCUGUUAUGAAUAAUGGAGAAGUCAAAGAACUUCAGUAUACCUAAACUUAAGGUAGCCAAAUCUAAAGGUAAUUUAAGAAAUGUUGAUAUAAAUAGUAGAGAUGCGAUUGAGAUAAUGAAUAUUAUUAAUCGUAAUUGUAUUAAUGAAAGAUAUAAAGAAGACUGGACGAUAGAUAAAGUAUCGUUAGUAGACAACAGUGAAUUACAGACGGAAUACAGUUGUAAAAAGAAAGAAUUCAAGGAAAAUGGACGAAAUCAAAGGGAGCUAGCGGAUCAUUAUGGAUUUUUGUUUGUUAAGGAAAUGGUUUUGAUGUCAAAGAUGAUAAAAGAAGGACUAAAAGCUAAGAAAUCUGUUUUUAAUCCUUUAGGUGAUAAUGAGUUUGGUAUUUAUAUAUGUAAAUAUCCUGAUGUUCAAUUGAAAUUACCAUCAAUGAAACAUGAUGAAUCAGCUUACAUCAUCAUAUUCAAGUACAUGUUAGGUAGAUGUAAAGCUAUACCACCACAGGGUAAUAUAAUGGGUGAACCAGCACCAAACUAUGAUUCUACCACCAGUUCUUUAGCUACUCUUAUUAAUGAUCCACCCAAUAUACUCUUUCCUAGAUCACAGAUUUAUUUGUAUGAAUAUGACGAUGAUGCUUUGCCAAUUAAUAGACCAAGACAUUGUCUACCAGUCGCAGUUGUCUCUUUUAUUAAAGCUACCAAAAUACAAACAAAGACAACAUUGAUUUCCAGUUUAUCUAAUACCACAUCAUCUUCCUCAUCUUCUACAUUUGGCAACAGACGUCGUUCCUCAGAUCAGGGUCUGCCAUUCAGACCAGGUACCUAUGGCGCACGAAAUCAAGCUCUUAAGAGAACCAGUCUAGAUCAAUCUCCAAUACCAAUUCAAAAUGCAGGAUUUAACAUGGAAGAAUCCUUACAACCAUCAAUCAAUCCUUUAAUCAUGAAGGAAGGUUUCAAAGACACGUACAAUGAGAAACCUGGUUAUUUGAGACCUGAAUUACUGAUUGACACAGGUGUAAAAUCAAGCUUUCCGACAGCUAACCCAGAUAUGAUUUCAAGACAGUCUUCUAUAUCAGAUCCUCGCAGAUCAGCUCAUGGUCAAUCUAUAUAUUCCUCAGGAUCAUCAACAAAUUCCAUUUCAUCACAGUCUGAUUUGCCACAGAAACUUGGAGAGAAACCACUUCACCCAUUUAUGAGAAAAAAGAAAAAAGGAACAGUAACAAUGUCCACUGGCCAAACCCAGAUGAGAAAAAAUAACUUAAUUAUUGAAAAGUUGGACUUUUCUGUGUCUGAUACUUCAACUCCUCAGUCCACCACAGUAGAAGAAGAUAGUUUGACUAAUUUGCCAGUGACACCUCCAAAAGUUGAGAAGCUUCAACCAACUCCUGCUCAAACCAAUAUGGCAGAAAUGAUCAAAACAGUGAAUAAACUUUUCGGCAAAGCUCCAACUUCUAAUGAACCUCCAAAAGAAUCUGUACAGGAGAUGGGUACAAUGUUUGGACCUCAUUCAGGAUAUGACAGCACUGAAAAUUUAGGCCAGAAAUCACAAUCCUGCUCUAGUCCAACAAAAAUGGUGGAAUCUCCUGCAGAAACAGUGUCACCCAUCAAACAUGAGACUAAAAAGGACACAAGCUAUGUUCAAAGUCUGGCAGCACAACUGCAGAAUUUAGGUGACUUACAGGAUGUUAUUUCUAAGUUUAAUUUCACUGGAGAAGCCAGUCCUCAAAAAAUCAGUCAGUCUCCUAAUUCUCAUCCUGACAAAAAUAUUUCAGAUCCGUAUUUUUCCAAGUCACUUGUUGAUAGGACUGGUUUGGAAAAGUAUCAGCGGUCAAAAAUAUGUGAUGUUGAUAACAGUAAUAUAACAGUUAAUUGCUAUGGCGACGUUGAUUAUCGACAAAAACAAGAUCCCUCUAAAAUAAACUCAUCAACUGUGCAAUACACACAAAGUCAAAAUGAUCCUAGACAAACUCUCUGGCCAAAUUCUGUCUCGUAUUCUCAACACAUGUCAGAUCAAGCUAAUACUUCUUCAAAUGGGACAAAUUCGGAAAAAACUAUCACAAAAAAUCCUGCUACCAAUGACAAUAGCUCCCAUCAUCUGCUUGAACAGACAACUCAUUCUGUAAACAGUGCAGAACAUUCUGUUGAUCACUCUAUAUUUAGUACCAAACAAUCUGUUACCAAGAUUGAAGACACUGUAACCAGCAAUGACGAGGCUGUAUUCAGCAGUGAGUGCUCUGUAUACAAUAGAAAACUUUCUAGUAAUGAGCAUCCUGUAGCCGACAGUGAACAGCCUUCAGCAAGCAGUGAACAUCCUUCAGCAAACAGUGAAAAACCUGUAGCCAAUAGUGAAAAUCCUUCAGCUAGCAGUGAACAUCCUUCAGCUAGCAGUGAAAAACCUGUAGCUAUUAAUGAACCGAACAUUCAGUGUAGUCAAAAACUUGAGGGACUUUAUUCAAGCCAGAGACAGUGGAAGAAAUGGCUGAAAGAGAAUCAGUUAGUUCAAAAUAAAGAUGUGAACAAGAUGAACUUUAAGUUUCAACCAAAAGUAGAACUAGUUGAUUUGAAAAGGGUGGCUGAAGCUAGCUUAACUAACUGUAAAACCUGCAUUAUAGAGAGAGAUGAUUUGGCAGCUUAUAUUUCAAAUAAAAAACAUAAAUCUGUUAAGAAAUAUUUGGAACAUAUUGAGUUAUUUAAAGAUGAUAAUGUGAAAGGGAAUGAUAAAAAAAUGGAAUCAGUUCCAGUUGAAAAUAACCAAGAUGAUGUUCUUCCAGCAAAAAGACGCAAUUCUUGUGAUGAUAAAGAUGAUAAUGAUGUUAAACGAUUAAAAAGUAUUUUUGAAUCCAGUGCAUCAGAUUCUAAAUAUUCAUGGCUAAGUGACCAACCAAUAUUGCAAAAUGAUCUCACUACUGCAUCAUCACCAAAUGAUUGUUGUGCUAAAGAUUUGCAUGAUGAUGAUGAUGAUGAUGAAUACUCUAAUGAAUUAAUCAUUGACAUGAAGCCAGAUCUAAAUGCGGGAAAAUCGACUGCUAAUGGUAUUCAGGUGUGUGAUUUAUCACCACAUAAACAAAGUGAUGUUCCAGAAUCAUCUAGUACGAUCUCUUCAGAUAAACUAGACACAAGUUUGUUAGAACAGGAGGAAAAACCUUCUUACAAAGAAAUGGAAGUAUACCAUACAAACUGUUCCUCUACUGAAACACAACUUAGUAAAACAGAAGAAUCAAAUUCAUUUAGCAAUUGUUCAGAUGUAAAAGAAGAAGAGAACAUGGACCAUAUCUCUGAUGUCAAACAAUUUGGUAGCAGUCCAAACAAAAACGGUAGUUCUCUAGCUUACAGUGAUAGCAGUCCUAGUCAGUCAGACCAACCUAAACAGCUUAAAAGCCCUACACCAAGUCCUGUAGAUUUGACCCCUGUAACUGAUGAUAAACCUAUCAGUUCACUGGAAAAAGUGCAUUUUAAUAGCUCAGAAGAAUUCUCCCCUGCACAUGACUAUGAAGAACAUAUUGAAGAUAGCACAUUGAAUAAGAUAGCAAAUGGAAACAUAAUGGAAUCACAGAAUUCCUGCGAGAACUUCUAUAAGAAAGAACCAAAAAUAGAGGCUGAUAUUCCACAUGUGUCUGAAGCUUAUGAAGAACGGUUGAGAUUGAUUAAAUUAAAAUAUAGUUGCCCCACUUUCCCCUUACCUCCUACAAGCAAUAAAUACACUAGUGUCAAACAAGAACUUGAAGUGAUUCGCAAUUGUUUGGAAAAUUUAUCUCAAAAUCUAUCAUGUAAUCAGAAUUCUGAUUCCCCAGAUGAAGAAACUUUAAGAUCAGCCUUGCUACACGUUGAAACAGAAUUGAUCAUGGAAUUACAAGAUAGUCAUUUUCUAUACAGACCAAAUCAAAGGUUGCCGCCAUCUUUACUCUUUGAUUAUGAAAUGAACUGUUUGUAUGCUACAGGAGACUGUUUCAUGUAUCUAAAUACUUUUUUGACUAAACAGUUAUAUAAGUCUUUACUGAAUAUUAAACAUGAUAUACUCGAUGCUUAUAAAGAGAAACAAAAUUUAUCAGGUCCAUCAUCCAGACUGUCAUAUUUAACUGAUCAUCUGAACUAUUUACUGAACAAAAGGAAAAUUUUGAUCCGAACAUUAACUGGUAGUGUUAAACCUAAUAGACUCGUUUAUUUGGAAAAGGCACGUAAAUAUUAUAUAUGGAGUAUAGAACAUAUGGAACAAAGUGUAAUGAAUUAUGAUAAUUCUCAAAUGAAAAACUUAAAUCGUCUUCUAUCUGAAUUAACAGAACAUACAUGUCGCAUACGAAGUGAAUUAGAAAGUUAG